AGCGUACACACACGAACACACUAUAAAAUCCAAAUUUAAAAAAAAAAAAAAAAGAAAAAGGAAAAGGAAAAAGGGGGAAAAACGACAAGACUACGGCGAUGUUGUCCAAAGAAUCGGGAGGCGGUCCGAAGUUCGAUCUCCCCGAGGAAUUGCUGGAGGUUUUGCCCUCGGAUCCCUUCGAGCAGCUCGAUGUGGCGCGCAAGAUCACCUCUAUUGCUCUCUCCACGCGUGUCAGCGCCCUCGAAUCGGAGGCGUCUUUUCUCCAGCAGCAGCUCAGCGACCGUGACGCUAUCAUUGCCGGCCUCGAGUCGCAGCUCCAGUCGCUCGAUGCCUCCCUCAGCGACGCGGCGGAUAAGCUCGCCCUAGCUCAGGAGGAAAAGGAGAGCUUGAUGAGGGAGAAUGCCCAGCUGAGCAGUACUGUGAAGAAGCUGAAUAGGGAUGUUGCUAAGUUGGAAGCCUUCAGGAAGACGCUUAUGCGGUCGCUUCAAGAGGAUGAUGACAACCCUGUUGCCGCCCCAAAUGUAUCAAGCAUUACAGACGACGAAGCUACCUUGCCACCCACCAGAACAGCCUCCAUGCGUAGCCAGUUUUCUGAUGCCGGAUAUUCAAAUGCCGAGGACACUGAGACUGAAGUCGUGAGGCCCCGUAUAUCACAAGGCCUGCUGCUAGCAUCCCAAACUAGCACGCCUCGGCUUACGCCUCCCGGUACUCCUCCAAGUCUGUCCGCAUCCGUGUCUCCAUCCAGGACACCCAAUCCUUUGUCUCCAAGGCGGCACUCAGUUUCAUUUUCAACAUCAAGAGGCUUUUUCGAUGAUAAGUCUUCUAUGUCUUCAAGCCAGUUCAGUUCAACGUCGAGCUUGGAUUCGGGAUCACAAUCCGGGAAAACACGAGUGGAUGGAAAAGAAUUCUUUCGCCAAGUCAGGAACCGGUUAUCGUACGAGCAGUUUGGAGCAUUUCUAGCAAAUGUUAAGGAACUCAACUCCCAUAAGCAAACUAAAGAGGAAACUUUACAGAAGGCCGAUGAAAUCUUUGGCCCGGACAACAAAGAUCUCUACGCCAUUUUUGAGGGCUUGAUCACUCGUAAUAUCCAGUGAGACGACGAUAUAUGCAUGUAUGUGGAUUUAAAUUUAUUAGCAUUUUGUGUUGAUGAUGAUAGAUUUUGAGGUGUAAUUAUUCUUGUAAAGUCAGUCUUAUCAUUUAUUUUUUCAUGACCAUUGUAAACGGGAGUUGCAAUAAAGUUUGUAGCAAUUUACAAAAAUUUCAUUGUCAAUGUUCAACAUGAAUAAAAGAAUUCUGCCUUUGUGAUUU